GCAGGUCACUGGGCUGCGCCGGAAGUCGGGGCGCGCAGGCUCCGGAAGGCGCGCUUGACGGCUACCUGUGCGUUGGGGGGAUCCUGGCAGCCAUGGUGUCAGACGAAGAUGAAUUGAAUCUUCUGGUUAUCGUAGUUGAUACCAACCCAAUUUGGUGGGGAAAGCAAGCGUUAAAGGAAUCUCAGUUUACUUUAUCAAAAUGCAUAGAUGCUGUGAUGGUGCUGGGAAAUUCUCAUUUAUUCAUGAAUCGUUCCAACAAACUUGCUGUGAUAGCGAGUCACAUUCAAGAAAGUCGAUUCUUGUAUCCUGGAAAGAAUGGCAGACUUGGAGACUUUUUUGGAGACCCUGGCAACCCUUCCUCUGAGUCCGGCCCGUCAGGGAGUAAGGACGGGAAGUACGAGUUGUUCACAGCCGCGAAUGAAGUCAUUGCCGAAGAGAUUAAGGAUCUCAUGACCAAGAGUGACAUAAAGGGUCAACAUACAGAAACUCUGCUGGCAGGAUCCCUCGCCAAAGCUCUUUGCUACAUUCAUAGAAUGAACAAGGAAGUGAAAGAUAAUCAGGAAAUGAAAUCAAGGAUUUUGGUGAUUAAGGCUGCAGAAGACAGCGCGCUGCAGUAUAUGAACUUCAUGAAUGUCAUCUUCGCAGCACAGAAGCAGAAUAUUUUGAUCGAUGCCUGUGUUUUAGACUCGGAUUCAGGACUCCUCCAACAGGCUUGUGACAUCACGGGGGGACUGUACCUGAAGGUGCCUCAGAUGCCUUCCCUUCUGCAGUAUCUGCUGUGGGUUUUUCUCCCUGAUCAAGAUCAAAGAUCUCAGUUAAUCCUCCCUCCCCCAGUCCAUGUGGACUACCGAGCAGCUUGCUUCUGUCAUAGAAAUCUCAUUGAAAUUGGCUAUGUCUGUUCUGUGUGCUUGUCAAUAUUCUGCAAUUUCAGUCCUAUCUGCACGACCUGCGAGACAGCCUUUAAGAUUUCUCUGCCUCCUGUGCUGAAGGCCAAGAAAAAGAAACUGAAAGUGUCCGUGUGAUCAGAAGAUCCCCACGCCCCGAGCUAAUCUCUUAGAGCUUAUUAAGAGAAAUUGUGUGGCGAAAGCUGUGUUAGGAAGCCCUGAAAAAAAUACAGUGUUGUAUGGGAUGAUUUUGAAUGAAGU